UUCUGAGAGAGAGAGAUCCUCAGUGGUUCUUCUGGAAGAGGUUCAGACCAUCACUCUGGUGUGCAGGAGAAAAGGUGAAUACAGAACAAAUGAAGCUGUUUCUGUUGCUGUUGAGGAUUGAGACUACAUGGAUGUACUGAAGUUGCAUUCGCCUACAAGGUCCCAUCUAUAAUUAUGGUUUUACCGCCGCCCCAGAGACUCUGGGUGGGGAUGCUGGUGGUAAUAGUGGCAGUGGCGGAGCUCCCCGGAUCCCUGCAGAAGUGCAUCUUUGAUGAGGUUCAGGCUCAGGCCAGGGUGGUCCGAGCUGCACCCAUCCACACACACGUCCCACCCAACGAGCCCAGACUCAGAUGGAGGGCAUCACCUCUGCCUAGCCUGUCAGUGAGGCGGAGGAGAAGCCUGGGAAAGAGAGCCACGCCCACUUCUUCCUCUCCACAGCCAAUCAGGAUCCAGAGCUGGAUUCAAAGGGAGAGCAACAACCUAUGGGAGGAGGAGAAACAGAGGCUGGAGGCAGCGAUGGAGGAGGCUGUGAGGGUGGUGUCUUCUUUACUGUCAGUAGUGAACAGAGUACCGGGUCCGUUGCUGCUCAGCAGAGACAUCAACAAAUACUGCAAGUUUCUCUGGAGGAAUUCAAGUAUUGCCAACUACAACCGGUGUGGUCGAGCCAACAAUAACUACAGAUCUGAGACCUGUCUGGAUGUGACAAUCCCAGAUGAUCAUCUGGCUGGAUGUGACAUUUACACUGAGGCUGAUUCACCUCGCAGGACUGAGCUCCGUCCUGACGGUGCUGGACUCCCCGACACCGACUUCCUGAUGUACCUUCACGUACAGGCCACUGACAAGUGUAGAUCCGAGCCCAGUGUGUUGGCCUACGCUGUCCACUGCCAGACGGACGCUCACGGGCGACCUGUAGCUGGGGUGGUGGUCAUCUGCAGGGACAGACUGACAGGAGCAACAUACAACCACCAGGCUACCGUACAGACUGUGAUCCAUGAACUGUUUCAUGCACUUGGCUUCUCUAAACAUCUCUUCCACACCUGGAGAGACUGUUCCUCUACUUCUCCAGUGGGAGCGAACUGUUCUCCUCGAGGCAAAGUGACUCACUCUGAUGAAUCGGGCCAGAUGAGGAUUUACACCCCGUCCGUCAUCUCAGCCCUGCAGAAGCACCUGGCAUCUGCUGACCCUGAGUUAGGGGGGCCGCUAGAGAACCUGGAUGUACCUGCGGGCAGAGUCUCCUCUCACUGGGAGUCCCGGGUCCUGCAGGGGUCCAUCAUGGCGGCAGUGCUGGGGGACUCGACCACAGUCCGCAUCGACUCGGCCACCUUGGCGGCGUUACAGGAUACAGGCUGGUACACUGUCAACCUGAGCCGGGCACAGAGUCUAGUCUGGGGAGACGGUGAAGGAGCCACGUUUGGUUCCCUGUCAACCUGUCAGGACAGGUCCUCAUCCUUUUUCUGCACUGGCAGUGGAUUUGGGUGUCAUUAUCUUCACCUCCACAAGGGGGAGUGCCAGACUGAUCAAUACCUGGAGGGGUGUCGAGUGUAUAAACCUUUCCAGAAUGGAAGUGAAUGUUGGAAAGAGGAAAAUGGCAGGAAGUCAGCUGAAGAGGUCUGGAGCGGGGAGAUCUUUGGCUUUGACAGCCGUUGCUUCUUCUCCAACCUGACCAGACAGAGUCCGUCUCUUUUGUUCAGCAGCCCUGUGGAGGGACGAUGUUACAGACACAGGUGUACUGGACCAAACGGGUACCAAAUCCAGGUGUCUGGCUCUGAAUGGGUGGACUGUCCAGCAGGGGGCACCAUUCAGAUAAAAGGAUACCAGGGUUUAGUUUCCUGCCCUGACAGGAGGUUAUGUCUGUACCCUGAUGUUACUCCUCCCUCAGACAAUGUCAUUACAUUUCCUGCUUCUAUUACAAGUGAUCCCUAUGAGACUUUAACUUCAGCCCAGAACGGGACCUGGGCACCUCUUAGACCUCCUACAGAGCUCACUGUAGCCACAGCGCUCGGCAUCACUGCUGCUGUGUGUCUCCUGGCUGCAGUCGUGGUGUCUUACAGGAAAUGUUGCUCCUGCAGGGUCAGGAUCCACUCUGCUCCAGAGCACCACAGCGAUCUGUAGAAAACACUGCGUGUAAAAAACGUUUAAUGUUUGUGUUGAAUAAAAUGUGAUUUAGUUUUUCC